CGAACCAUUCAUUGAGUUUUAUUAACUCUGCUCAACACAUAAUCUAAACGCGUGUGACUUGCUCUCUUCCUUCUUACACGACACGAGAUCAUCGAAUUUGGACCGUAAAAGAGACAAGCAGCUUCAUAAUCAAACCAUCAUCAUUAUCAUCAUGUUGACGAACACGAUCUAAUUUUUCCUUUUACAUAUACAAUUCCCAAACUCCAGAUUUCUUCCUUAUUCGUCCUGUUUCAUUUCUACGGUUCAUGUUCUCUACUUUCAACCCUCGCUAACGUUUUCGACUUCUCCACAUCUCGAUUCAGCUUCUCCUUCGUCCAAAUUCGAUUAGAUUUUGAAUUGGGAAGCUGACAAGUUUGAAGAUUUCUCAUUUGAUGGAUUGAUCUGAUUUCGCAAUUUUCAUUUUCCCGUUUCGGGUUCAAUUGAUUUCGAUCAGAUUGAACCCAAUCCAAAUCCAAUCAGGGCUACUUCGAUUUGAUCUGUUUCCUCAAAAAAGGAUUCGACUUUCUCUGAGAUGGUAUAUUUCCAGAACUCAAUCUCCCUCGUAGACCAAUCUCCAAUCAUGGCUCACUCACCAGAUUUUCAUCAUCAUUCAAAACAAUCAAGAACCAGCAGCAGCAACAGAAAGUCAUCAUCGUCAAGCUGUUCUUCAAAUUUCUCUGUUUGCUGUGACGGAUCUAGAUCAGCUGCUAUCGAUGUUGUGAUCUUAAUCGCUGUGAUCACAUCCUCCGGGUUUUUAAUCUUCCCUUACAUCAAAUUCAUCACUAUCAAAUCUGUUGAAAUCUUCUCUGAGCUCUCUUGUUUAGUGAAAGAAGAGAUUUUGCGUAACCCUGAUCCAAUUGUCUACGGUUUAAUAGCUUUGAGUAUCUCGUGUACUGCGUUAUCUGCUUGGAUGAUUGUUAUACUACUGUGUAGUCGUCAUCGAUGUGGGAAACCGAACUGUAAAGGGCUUAGGAAAGCUAAUGCUGAGUUUGAUAUUCAGUUAGAGACUGAGGAUUGUGUUAAGAGCUCUAAUAGUGGCAAGAGUGUUAGUAAGAAGGGUUUGUUUGAGUUGCCUCGUGAUCAUCACCGUGAGUUAGAGGCGGAGUUGAAGAAGAUGGCUCCACCUAAUGGGCGAGCCGUGCUUGUUUUUCGGGCUAAAUGUGGGUGUUCGGUUGGGAGAUUAGAGGUUCCUGGACCUAAGAAGCAGCAACUGCAGCAAAGGAAGGUUAAGAAAUGAAGUAUAAAGGUUCAAUCUUUUUGAGUAACCCUUGUAGGCAGUCUUUUCCAUGGACUUGGCUCGAGUCUAAGGAGCAAUGGGGCCUCAGAGAUUAUUAUGAAACUCUAUAUGUCAUUUUAGCUUCCAAGUGUAUGGUUAAAUUUAAGUUGAAAAAGUAAUCUGAAAAAGGAGAGUGUAGAAAUUCGAAGGUUGAGAUUUUUUCAUGGACUAUGUGUUUAUGUUAUAGAUUUUUUUGUUCUACAGUAGUACAGUACAAUCUCUGGAUCAUUCAAGAAGACAGUUAUAUAUUCCAGAGAAGACAAAAGAAACUAGAAACAUCCUCUUUGUUUUAGUCAUGACUCAUCAUCAUCUUUUUGGUUUAUAAAACAAUCU